AUGAAUCAACAUCCGUCCGAUGGAUGGCGCGGCCCAUCUGGUCCGCCAGCAUCGGACGCGCCAGGUCAAGGCAGACCGUUUGGUGCAUUUGGAGCACCAUCAGGACCGCCACAAGGACCCUCACAUGUACUACCACCGCCACCGGCAUCCUAUCAUCAGCAUCACUCGCAGCCCUCGGGUGGCCAGAGCCUCUCCAUAGCCGACCUGACCCAGGCACCAAAGCACCAGUACGACAGUCGCCCAUCUCAACCACCAGGGCAGCACAUGCCACCUCUCAGCCACGGCUUGACGCAACACUCCCCGCCAUAUCGCAAUCGCGAGCAAGAGCGCGAUCGGAGAGAACGCGAGUACCACGAACAAGAGAUGCGCGAGCGCGAUCGUGAGCUGCUGCAGCAACGACACCGCGAUGAAAUGCUCGCACAAGAGAGGCAAGAACUCAUGCGACGAGAGCAAGAGCAGCCACGGCCAGUUCAGAGCCAUGCUGGAUCCCUUCCCUUGCAUCAGCCUGUCGCCAAUAAAGUCCAGAACACCAUCCAUGGCCCAAAUGGCAUCCUCUCGAACAAUAAUGCUGGAGGGCCGGCUUCGAAUGGGCCCAUGUCUGGAGGACCUGGUGGUAUAUUUGGACCAGUAUCUACUGCCGAUCAACGAGCCCCAUUUCUGCAGCCACAGCCUCAGGGACUGGGCGGGCAACCUCAACCACCACCUGCUUUCUUGGGUGGUCCUUCGCCGAUAUCAGCAGCGGCGCAACUGCCACACGGACAGCAACCCAUAUUGAAUGAUGCGUUGAGCUAUCUGGACCAGGUCAAGGUCAAGUUCAGUGAGCAACCUGAUGUGUACAAUAAGUUUCUCGACAUUAUGAAGGAUUUCAAGAGCCAAGCGAUUGAUACACCUGGCGUCAUUGACCGGGUCUCCAACCUCUUCGCAGGCCAUCCGUCACUGAUACAAGGCUUCAACACCUUCUUGCCGCCAGGCUACCGCAUCGAAUGCGGUACUGCCGACAACCCGGACGCUAUCAGAGUCACUACGCCUAGUGGGACCAUGUCUCUGCAAGGCCGCGGCUGGAUCCGUCAAACCUACAACGCCUCGAACGGCGCUGUCAGACCCGUUUCGCCGGCCCGAGAUCCUGCACAACUCGGUGCUGAUGCGAAGAGAGGCGGUCCUGUCGAAUUCAACCACGCCAUAAGUUAUGUGAACAAAAUUAAGAACCGAUUUGCGACACAGCCCGAAAUUUACAAACAGUUCCUUGAGAUCCUGCAGACUUAUCAGAGAGAAGCAAAGCCGAUCCAAGACGUCUACGCACAAGUCACUACUCUGUUCGGGUCCGCGCCUGACCUUCUUGAGGACUUCAAGCAAUUUCUGCCAGACACUUCUGCGCAAGCUAAAGUGCAAGCGAAUUCGAGAGUAGCCAUGGCGGACGAACUCAACAACGUGCGAGGUGAGCCGGGUUAUAUACCUCAGGCUCAGACUCCGCGACCAACAGCGAAAAUGCCACCUAUGGGCCAAUUCGAUCCUCCUAGCACAAGCAAGGACAACAAAAAGCGACGUGGUGGCCCUUCCGGUCAGAACGGUCCAUCUGCGAUUGAUGCUGCUGCUGGCUCGAAUCGCAUCGUCCAGGUCGGCAAUGCCAACAAGCGCCAGAAGCUCUCAAAUCAGCGUCAGCAACAGACUGAAGCGAUCGUCACUUCGCCGUCAUUGACUCCAGCACUUCCUGAACCUAUGGCACCCUUUCCGAACAUUACCAGCUCACUUGAGGAGCUCGGCUUCUUCGAUCGUGCAAGGAAGCACAUCAACAAUCGAUCCAGCUAUUCUGAAUUUCUCAAGCUUGUCAGCCUGUACACAAUGGACAUCAUCGAUAAGUACUCCCUAAUCGACAGAGCGCAUGGCUUCUUGGGUACCAAUCUUGAGCUCAUGUCCUACCUUCGGGACUUCUUGAACAUCGAAGAUCAAGAAGACUCCAUCGAACUCAAGACUCGCAUCGAUGCGGGACGAGUGAAUCUGUCGCACUGUCGCGCAUAUGGCCCAAGCUAUCGUCAUUUGCCCAAGCGGGAUCAAAGCAAGCCGUGCAAGGGCCGCGAUGGAAUGUGCUACGAAGUACUCAACGACGUCUGGGCUUCACAUCCUACAUGGGCCUCCGAAGAUUCUGGCUUCGUCGCUCAUCGAAAGAAUCAGCAUGAGGAAGCUCUUCAUAGAAUCGAGGAGGAGCGACACGACUACGACUUUCAUAUCGAAUCCGGCCAACGCACCAUCCAGCUUUUGGAACCACUUGUGCAGCAGGUCUGUGCCAUGACUGAGGCUGACAGAAGCAAUUUCAAGCUCCUCACUGGCUUUGGCGGCGCAAGCGAGUCCAUUCCCAAGCGCGUCAUCAAUAAAAUCUAUGGUCGUGAGGCUGGAGGUCGAAUUCUCCACGAACUGUACACCAAGCCGCUUGCAGUCAUGCCGAUAGUGCUCAAUAGGCUCAAGCAGAAGGUUGAGGAGUGGAAGGCCACCCAGCGCGAGUGGGAGAAGGUAUGGCGAGAUCAGAUCAACAAGCAGUUCUGGAAGAGUCUUGACCAUCAGGGUAUCAACAUCCGAAGCAUUGAUAAGAAGGCAUUUCAAUCAAAGCAACUCGUCGCCGAUAUCCAGCACAAGUACGAGGAAGCGAAGAAGAAGCGCGAGAACGGCGAAGCCACCAAACGACAUCACUUGGAGUACAAAUUCGAGGAUGUCGAUAUCAUUGUCGAUGCCACUCGUUUGAUGCUUGUCACACUGGCCCACGAUCGAAAUGAUAGGAACGGCUUCAGUCAGAGCGAUCAAGAGAGGGUCCGCGCUUGGCUCCUGGACUUCGUACCACGCUUCUUUGGUCUCAAUCACGAAGACUUCAUCGAGUCAGUCCGCUUCGAGGUCGAUGGCCCAGCUGACCAAGACGGCAAUGAAAGCGACGAAGCUGGUCCCCGCAGAGGGCGAAAGGGCGGCCUGCUUCGAAAUAUGUUUGCCAAGCGUAAUGGGAAUACUGACAGCGCAAUGAACAGCAAGGAAUCGACGCCAAUGCCCACGACAGAGCACGAGAUGGAUGUUGAUGAGGAACUAGCAGCCUCUGAUACAGAGGAGAAGCCCUUACCAAUCUGGAUCAAUCUGGCUUACGCACCUGACGCAACCCAGGAUAAAUCGGCACUCAAAGAGGUCUACCCCGAGGAAGUCUAUGAUCACUCCACCUUCAACCUAUAUGCGAACCAAAACAUCUACUGCUUCUUCCGCAUGUUCGAGAUGCUUUACACAAGACUGCUCGGCAUCAAGAACAAUGAGAGCCAAGUUCGCGAAGCCAUCAAACGUCACCACGCUGUGGAGGAGAGGAAAAAGAUCGCCAUCGAUCUUAGGAUGGUCGACAAAGGUCCCGAGUACUUCUUUUCGUCUUUGAAAGCCACCAACGCCCAUCACUUCUACCAUGAGAUCCUUCAGCAGAUCGAGGAAGUCAUUCAAGGCAACACAGAGUUGACACACCUCGAGGAUACUCUUCGACGGUACUACAACAAGACUGGCUGGCAGCUGUACACCGUCGACAAACUUCUCACCAACCUCCUGCGCUACGUCGCCAACAUCCUGCUUGGUGAUGUGAAAGAUAAGAGUGUCGAGAUCACCAACCUUUUCUUCAAAGACCGUGAGCGACAAGAAUCCACCCGACGUCAGGAGCUCGAAUACCGCCGACAAGUCCAGAACAUGACCAAGGACAAGGAAGGCGAAAUCUUCUGCAUCGGUUACACUCCCGAGGAAAAGCAAUGCACGAUCCGUUACUUCCCCAAGGACGACCCGACCUUCGACUCCGACGCCCUGACCGACGACCAGCUCUGGCAGUACUACGUCGCCUCCUACGCCAUGCGCGAACCCACCGAAGGCCUUGAUCUGAGCAUUCUGCGCCAGAUGUACUUGCAAAGAAACGUGCCGCUCCAACCAGUGAACCUUGACCAAGCAAUGCGUGAGGCAAUCCUGAACUGUAAAUAUGUGGACGACCAGACCGCAUUCAUUAGCCCGGACACCUACAAAUUGCUCCUGAGCCACGACUACAUCCUCGAUCGCGAACCGAUGACGCAAGCGAAUACCUACACGGAGGGCCAGCGUCUGGCGAACAAGGCGUUUGAGAAGACGUUCAAGGAGGGUCCUCUUUUGAUGGAAUCAGACGGUACACUGGAGUCGGGAGCAGAACCAAACCUGUGGGAUGCACAUGUCGCUGACGGGUUCGAACCGCAGCCUGAUACUUCAGACGAGGAGAUGUUAUAA